UCUCCUCGAGGGCGGGACCUAGCGUCACGGGCUUUUCCGAUUUGCUGUCACCUUCGGCCCGUAACCGGAAGCCCUGCGGCUCAACAUGAGGGCGUCCUGCGGUCCCCCCGGGCCGGCUCGGGUCCCCGGCCCGCUGCGUGAGUAGCUAGGUGGUGGCUGAAUCUGCAGAGGCAUGAGCUGGGUGCACGCCAGCCUGCUGGCCCGAGGCCUCUCCAGGGGCUGGGGAAGCAUCUGCAGGACGGCCCUCUCAGGAGGUCCCUUUGCUCAGCUGUCCCUCCAGGCCCCCCGAGGCCUCCACUGCAGUGCAGUUGCACACAAGGAUGAGGCGUGGCUGGUUCCUCGAGCCCCGGACCCCCAGAGAAAGCCCGUCAAGGUCCCAGCUAUGCAUGAAGGCCUGUUCAGGCCAUCGGGAAACAGGGAGCAGGACAAGGCAAGCUUCCUCCGUGCAGUGCAGAGCUUUGGGGAGCACAGCGUGCACAAGCGUGGCCAUGUGGACUUCAUCUACUUAGCACUGCGCAAGAUGCCAGAGUUCGGCGUGGAGCGGGACCUGUCUGUGUACAACCUGCUGCUGGAUAUCUUCCCCAAGGAGGUCUUCCAGCCCCGCAACAUCUUCCAGCGCAUCUUUAUCCACUACCCACGGCAGCAGGAGUGUGGGGUUGCCGUCCUGGAACAGAUGGAGCGAUACGGAAUCAUGCCCAACACAGAGACAGAGUUCCUGCUCAUUCAGAUUUUUGGACGCCAAAGUCACCCCAUGCUCAAGUUCCUGCGGAUGAAGCUGUGGUUCACCCGAUUCAAGAAUAUCAACCCCUACCCAGUGCCCCAAGAUCUGCCCCAGGACCCUUUGGACCUGGCCAAGCUAGGCCUGCGACACAUGGAGCCUGACCUCAGUGCCAAGAUCACUGUCUACCAGAUGUCCCAGCCCAGUGACUCCACAGGCCUAGAAGAUCCCCCCCAGCCCCACAUUGUAGGAAUCCAGAGUCCAGAUCAGCAAGCUGCCCUGGCUCGCCACAACCCAUCCAGGCCUGUUUUUGUCGAGGGUCCCUUCCCUCUCUGGUUGCGCAAUAAGUGUGUCUAUUAUCACAUCCUAAGAGCUGACCUGCCACCCCCUGAGGAAGAGAAAGUCGAGGAGACCCCAGAAGAGUGGAAUCUGUACUACCCAAUGAAGCUGGACCUGGACUACUCGAGGGCUGGCUGGGAUGACUAUGAAUUUGAUGUGGACGAAGUGACUGAAGGCCCCAUCUUCGCCAUAUGCAUGGCUGGUGCCCAUGACCAGGCAACGUUGGUCAAGUGGAUCCAGGCCUUGCAGGAGACCAACCCAAUCUUGGCACAGAUCCCAGUGGUAUUCCGCCUGGCCAGGUCCACAGGAGAGCUCGUGACAACCUCAAGGAUGGAAGGACAGUCACCUCCCCACGUUCCUCCCAAGGGCCAGGAGGAAGAUGAGACCCUUCAGGCACAGCAGCAGCAGGGUCAGAGUUGAGUCUGAGCUGGACUGGUAUGAAAUGAUAAGGAUAAAAUUAAAAAAAAAAAAUCAAAACCUCUUU